CAACCGUCGGCCGUUGGCGCGGCUUGGGCGGUUGUCUUGGAGAAGCAACAUGGCGGCGACGGCGGCCGCGGUGGUGGCCGAGGAGGACACGGAGCUGCGGGACUUGCUGGUGCAGACGCUGGAGAACAGCGGGGUCCUGAACCGCAUCAAGGCUGAACUCCGAGCAGCUGUGUUUUUAGCGCUAGAGGAACAAGAAAAAGUAGAGAACAAAACUCCUUUAGUCAAUGAGAGCCUGAAAAAGUUUUUAAAUACGAAAGAUGGCCGGCUGGUGGCUAGUCUCGUUGCCGAGUUUCUUCAGUUUUUUAAUCUUGACUUUACCUUGGCUGUUUUUCAACCUGAAACUAGCACAUUGCAAGGUCUCGAAGGUCGAGAGAACUUAGCCCGAGAUUUAGGAAUUAUUGAAGCAGAAGGUACUGUGGGUGGACCCUUAUUGUUAGAAGUGAUCAGACGCUGCCAACAGAAAGAAAAAGGGCCGACCAGUGGGGAAGGUGCACUAGAUCUCUCUGAUGUACAUUCUCCACCAAAGUCACCAGAAGGAAAAACAAGUGCACACACUCCUCCCAGUAAGAUACCAAGGUAUAAAGGACAAGGUAAGAAGAAGACAAGCGGGCGGAAGUCUGGUGCCAAGGCCAGCAGUGAUGCUAGUGAGAGUGAUACCAGGAUCUCGUCGUCAGAACCAAGGAGCAAAAGUAGUCUUCCCUUACUGGCCCAGGAGACAAAACUUGGAUCCUUGUUAAGCAGCAGAAGUCUAGACGUCAAAGACAAAGCUGGCCCUUGUCCAGAUGAAGACGACAUGGAAGGAGAUUCUUUCUUUGAUGAUCCCAUUCCUAAACCAGAAAGAACUUAUGGUUGGAGAAGUGAGCCUGGCAAGCAGGCAGGAAGCCUCGCCGCGCUCUCGGAUGCACCCCCCUUCAAAAGUGGACUCAGCUCCCUCACUGGAGCCCCCUCACUGAAGGAUUCUGAAAGUAAAAGGGGAAACACAAUUUUGAAAGAUCUUAAAUUGGUCAGUGAUAAAAUUGGAUCACUUGGAUUAGGGACUGGAGAAGAAGAUGACUAUAUUGAUGAUUUUAAUAGUACCAGCCAUCGCUCAGAAAAAAGUGAGCUGAGUAUUGGUGAAGAGAUCGAGGAAGACCUCUCUGUGGAAAUAGAUGACGUCAAUACCAGUGAUAAACUUGAUGACCUCACACAGGACCUGACUGUGUCCCAGCUCAGCGACGUUGCGGAUUACCUGGAAGAUGUCGCGUGAGCAUGAGAGAAGGAAGUGUUCUAACCUGCGAAGGACAAAGGACUCUGAUCAGAUCCUUUUUUUUUUUCCCCAGACAAUCACUCUUUGCUGGAAUGUCUGCUCCCUAUCGGUGCCUUGUGUUUCAAGAAGAUGACAGAUAUUUUUAAAAAUUAACUUUUCAUUACACUAAACAAAGUACUUCCUAUUUGAGCCCUUGUGUGGCAGAUUUAAUAUUCUUAACUUGGUUUAGCUCCAUGUUUCUCUCUGGAAGUUGGUCACGCUCAGAUUGGCUACAAGGAGCAAGCCUAUGAAAUGCCAGUAUUCAGCACGUAGCGAGGGCAUCAGGAAAGCCGUAGGUUCACACGGCCAUGCGUGCGUGCCUGUGGGCCAGCUGCCGGGGUCAGGCGUGUCGGCACAGGUGGUUCUCCUGCAGUCAGUGUUCGAUAGUAGGUGGUUCUGCAGGUCGUUGGCAAAUGGCCUGAGAAGUCUGCAUCCUGAAGCCCAUCACUGUAAGUUCCAUUUGGUGGUUGACUUUAUGUUGCAGUUCCUUCCAUUUGGGAGGGUUGUUAGACCAUUAAGGUUAUAGUAAAAUACUUGUGUGUGUGCUGCUUAGCUUUGCUUGUUUUAAAGAUGGAAAUUCAGGGGUGGCUGUGACUUGGCAUUCACGGCAUCGUCUCUGACGGCGUUUGCAGCCGCUGCCCUGAGUCCAUGUAAGAAGCUUUAUUCACAGGUUCUCCUUGUUAGAGUCUUAAUUUAUUAUGUGUAAAGAUGCCUUGAGACAUUAAAUACCAAAAUGCAUCUGAAACCAUUAAGCAGUGUUUAAUUUCAGGUCUGUGAGUUGGUUAUAGUAAAACCCAGAUUGGACUGUAACAGUGGUCAUGGCCUAGGACCACAUCUCGCCUGACGGGCGUUAGACCCUGUGCGUCGUUUCCCUGUAACCCUUUGAGGUCGAGCCAGUGAGAGUUUCAGGCGGUCUCGUCACUCUCUGUCCGUCGUGUUGCUGUCUGUGGGGGCGUGAUGUUGAUGAUGAGGAAGUGAUGCCUGUAUGCUCACACUCACGUAAGUAAAGCUGGGAGUGUGUUAACUUUUGUACGUUUUAAUUUUGGUCAAAUUAAAGCUUUUUAUUAAAAGUCACCUUUAUUAAUAAAAGGAGUAAAUUAGACCUAAUUCAUGGAUUUCAAGAAGUGAACAGAUUUUGUGGUUUGUAUAGUGCCAGUUUUUCAUUUCAUGCUGGUCUAAAUAUUAUAAACACAUGUUCUGGACUCUGAAAUGUGAAGGGAAAUGAUAAUGUGUGGAUUAAGAUUCUGUGACAUUAGAACCUGAGCCGUGAACACCAAGGGGAAGCAGGACAGCGUGUGGCCAGGGCACCUGGGAGCCACUCUGCCGGCCCUGCCCUACCCUGCCCUCAGUCUGUGGGCCGUGACCUUGGUCUCCGUCAGGCUGUUCAUGUCUCGUGGGAGGAAAUAGCGCUGCAUGAACAUGGUGUCUGCUGCUAAUAGUCCCCCAAUGUGCUCAUUAUAAGGUGUAUUUCCUUGGGUGUCAUCUCUGUAAAAAGUCAUUUUCUAUAAAGAUUAUGGUUCUGUUCUGGCCCUCUGGAGUCUGUGUCAGGUGUGUGAUUUAUUUUUUAUGUUGUUUGAUAGGAGCUAGAUUUCUGUGAAAAAGAUUUGAAAUCAUUUCAGUGGAAUGAUUGUCAGGGUGCUGCUCUUUAAUUUUGUGGAAAACUUUUGAAUAGUAUCAGUAGCAUCUAAAAUUCGUCAUGUGCGUACCCGUAGAUCUGAUCUUUUGAUGGUAUCUGGGAGGAUGGGGAGAAAAAUGCCAAAAUGAGGCUCCCUUUGUCAUCAGCACUACAUACAUCUGAUCAAAUAGGUUUAAUAGCAUAAAAUUCAGCUCUGAAAAAGCUGUGUCCACAUGUGUUCCUUGAUUAGGUAGAAGGUUUUGAUUUUGAUUAGUGUUUUCUUUUUGUUGAGGAACACAUACUGAAAUAUCAACCCAGGAAAUAACAUUUUUACUGUAAACCCUGUAUUUUACAGUGGACUUUUUCAAAUGUUUUUUUGUUUGUCACACGUCAAUAAAAGUCUCAUUUUACUGA